AUGGACAAGCUCUAUAAAGUGCUCAAGUCUUUGAAGUUGUCGCCAGAGAUGGUCAAAUCGCUGUCAGAAAGACUCGAGAAACUACCAAAGUUUCCACAUGAUCACAUCAACGCUAAGGGAGAUUCCAUCACCGAAAUCAACGAAAACAGUGAAGUGGGCGAAGAGCUUUUUCAGAGCGAUAUCAUUCUCACAAGGGCUCAAGCUGAGGACAUAGUGGAGGACAUCGAGGAAGAGAUUGGAGGCGCUAACAGAACCAAACGUCAGGCGGUCACAUAUCGGCCUGAUGUGAUGUUGUGGAACAAAUCAGUCAAUUACUAUUUCAACAGCACACUCGGUAAGACACAACUGCAAAUGCACGAGGCUCUGCGAUGGGAUAAAAAGGCGGAUUUAGGUCAUGUGGCUCGAAGUGUUUUCAUGAAGGCAGCGGACUUGUGGCAGAAUGAUACGUGUAUUGACUUUAGAUAUGACCCACACGCUGAGGACCGCGUCAUAGUACAGGCAAAAGGUGGAUGCUGGUCGGGGUUAGGGAAAGGAGGAGGUCAACAACAAAUAUCUCUGGGAGAAGGAUGUGAGACG